AUGUGGCGGUGCGUGGACAGCGGGUGCGGGGAUUCGCGCGCAGUGCCCUGUGCUCGCGGCAAGCACUCGGCCACGCUACUGGGCGGAUAUGUGUACGUACUGGGCGGCCGCGGGGCGGGAGGCGCUGUACCCCUCAAGGACUUCUGGAGGUUUUCUCUAGCUACGGGUGAAUGGGAGCGUCUAGAGAGCCGAGGGGACGCGCCGCCUGCACUACAGGAGCACACCGCCACUGCGCACGAGAACAAGCUCUAUGUGUUCGGAGGCGAAGCGGGCUCCUCGUCGCACGAGACUCCGCUCUGGAUAUACGACACUGAGUUGCAAGUAUGGCGUAAGGUGCCCGGGAAGCCGGGGAACGUGCACGUGCGGCGACGGGGGAGCGCGGGGGAGCGGGGCGAGGUGUCGCCGGGCGGCCGCCGCGGCCACUCGGCACACGCGCUACGCGACUGCCUGCUACUGUACGGCGGCUACAUGGACCUGCGAGGCUCCACCAACGAAUUGUGGGCUUUCCAUUACGAGUCGGAGUCGUGGCGGCUGGUGAGGGGCGCACAUGCGGGCCCGGCGCGGCACCGGCACGCGGCCGCGCUGCUCGGCGCGCGCCUCUACGUGCACGGCGGCCAGUGCGACCUGCGGGACUGCGCCGACCUCUGGCACUACGACAUCGUGAGCCGCGCGUGGACGCAGGUGCGCGUGGCGGGCGGGGCGCGGGGCGGGGUGCGGGGCGGCGCGCGGGGCGGUGCGCCGGGCGCGCGCUGCGGGCACGCGGCGCUGCGCGCGGGCGCGCACCUGUACGUGUUCGGCGGCGAGGCGCGCGGCCACGCCACCAACGAGCUCUGGCGCUUCCACUUCGCGACGGAGACGUGGGAACGCAUCAACCAAAGCUUAAAGUGGCCGUCGGCGCGCGUGGACGGGCGCGUGCUGCUGGUGGGCGGCGAGGGCGGCGUGCGGCCCGCCCAGAGCCUGCCCGCCCGCCCCCGCCCCGACCCGCCCACGGGCUUCCUGCACGAGAUCUCCAAGCUCUCGUCCUUCCACAGGCGCAGAGGCGCGCGCUGCUCCUACACCGUCCUCGCCGGGGAACAGGACUCCACCGAGAGCCUCGUCCGCUCCGAACAGCCAGCCCUGUCCAAAUCGAGAUCAGCCUACGUCAUAGACGAACGCCAGCCGGCAGACGGUGGCGAGAGCCCCGCGGAAGGCGACGAGGCCGAAAGACACCGAUCGAUGUCGCGGGAACCUAUCUCCGUACCCGACUUCGCCGACAUGGUUCUACCGACUCCAGUUCUAUCGCAGACAGAAGCUACGAAACUUGUGUACCUCGAUGCAGAGGAAGAGGAGGAAAUGAGAAGAGAGAUUUCACAAAACGGUCACAAAAAGGAUUUGAAAGACGAGACUCCAAAGGUGAAAAUUGUAGCGCUUCGAAAAUCGGCAUCGGUGAGAUUUAUGAAGGAGCCGGUCACCGAUAUUACGGAAGACGAGGCUGAAUUGUCCACGUCAGACUACGCGAGCGCUGAGAAAGUUAACAGACUUUCCGGGGCGUCAUCUUUAGGUUUUAGCAACCCCCACUACUUGGGACCAGACGUAAGAAAUUUGGGAAUAGCUAUGACCCCAGAUUCCGGGGUUGGUCCUCUUGAGUCCAUUGAACUUCAAGAUUUAGGAGAGAGACGUGCCAGAAGCGAGCCGAGAAAUGGCGAAACACAACUACACUUAUUACUUGUGGGCGGUAAGGAGCCACCCCACUUGGCAUUGCUCCAGAGUCCACUGUCCAUGUGGACCUAUCGGUUGUUGUGA